CUUGAACGUUUACGUUUAUAGAAUCUAUAUAAAAGGUAAAAUAAAUCUAUUUGGAAUUAUAUCGAGCAUAUUAUUUGCAUCGCUGCUUCUUAGAGAGUGUCGCUUUAAGCCAAAACUCGCUUUAUAUUGAAAUUAAUAAGAACAAUGGCAAGCGCCUCAAGAAAAAGAGUAUUAAUCGGUUGCACUGGUAGCGUUGCGACUAUUAAGCUGCCUCUAUUAGUGGAUAAAUUGUUGAAAAAUAAUUUGGAAGUAAGAGUGGUCGUUACUGAAAAGGCGAAGCAUUUUUUUAAAGAAGCAGAAUUAUCGCCAGGGAUUCAAGUUCUAUCCGAUACCGUCGAAUGGGCUGCGUGGCAAGACAGAGGAGAUCCAGUUUUGCAUAUAGAUCUUGUUAAAUGGGCUGAUCUUUUCUUAAUUGCACCACUUGAUGCUAAUACUCUUGGGAAAAUGGCAAGUGGAAUUUGUGACAAUAUACUCACCUGCGUCGCUCGUGCUUGGGAUCGAUCUAAACCUUUAUUAUUCUGUCCUGCAAUGAAUACUAAAAUGUGGGAACAUCCAAUUACCAGACAACAGAUCUCGUUACUUAAAUCAUGGGGUUACAAAGAAUUACCAUGUAUUUCUAAAACUCUGAUGUGUGGUGAUACAGGAAUGGGUGGAAUGGCAGAAGUCGAUACAAUCGUUGGAGAAUCUCUGGAUUAUCUUAAUCCAUGGAAUUUCAUGCCUCCACGUCGUUUUACAGUUAGGGAGUAAUAGCAAGAAUUAUUAACUACAAGUAUUAGAUUUAUUUAUUGUAGUAGCAUCGUCGCACUCGAAUGUCGCUUUUUCUUUGGCUUUUCGUCUUAUUACUUUCUUUUUUAGCUCACCGAAUAAAUCGAUCGUUAGAUUUCACUUGAUAUAGCACGUCUUUGGAAAUCUUCAGUGAAUAAACAAUUGUAUGGUUAUAUGCGUCGUGUUUAUUUUUAAAUGGAAUAUAGAAAAAGGUUGAAUUUAAAUACUCCCAAGGAGGUUUCUCUACUCAGGAAUGUAUCAACGGAAUGAGCAUGCAUAUAGGACAUGUAAAAAUAAAAUAUAAUUGAAAUUUUAAAUGUUCCAAAAGAGAGAGUCAAAGGCACCAUCUUAUGAUUGAAUUCUAAAGUAUUUUAUUAUUUAUCGAUGCUUAAUGUAUUUUAAAAUUCGCAGUAACUUUACUUUAGAAUUCACAAAGAUCGUAUUGCUUUUUCUCUCUUUCUUCAAAUUGGAACACUUAGAGCGGUACUAAAAAUUUAUUGAAUAAUGGGCCACCGAAAGUAAUGAACAAGGUUGUGAUUUUAGUUCGCGUUUUUAAAAUAAAUAUGCUGUGAAAUGAAAAGGAUAAAUAAAUUUGUUUUAAAUGAAAAGAGUGUAUAAUAAUAUUUAACAAGGUGUUUAAAGCUUUUAAAAUUAAAAUCAAAUUGAACUGGAAUCAUUGCCAUUACGAUACAACCUCAACUAUUAAAUAAUAUUAUGUUAAAUGAAUAAUAGAUAGAAAGAAAAUAUAUUACAAUAGUAAGUAUGUAAAAAUAUUAAUCGGAUGGAUAUGAACGGGAAAAAAUGCAUAUAAAUCUUACAAGUGUUUUAAAUGAAUGAUAGAAGAAUCAAAACCAUGUAACUUUCUUUUUUUUUUUCUAUAAUAUGUUAGCUACCAGUGUCACAGAUUUGUGAUUAUGGUGUUCAAUCAGACAUAAGUUCUGAACAGGGAUUGAAAUCUUUUCUCCGCUAAGUUAUAGCAAACACGUGCACUUCAUUGUCACUUUGAAGCUUUACACGACAAAAUGUAAUCACAUUGUUAGAAAAAGAAAUUGUAAUUCUUUUGGUUGAGGUUGUUGCAACUUUCUCCGUCGUUUGUGAAAAUUGUAAAAAACUGUAAAAAAAAAAAAAAUAAAUAAGAAAGAAAUAGAAAAAAGAAAACAAAAGAAAAGUUGUGUUGUAAACAUAUCGUUUAAAAAAUGUUCCACAAAAUGCAAAUGUAUAUGUUUUUGCUAAAUAUAUAAAUAUAUAGAUAUAUAUAUAUAUGGACAGGAUACUUUUGAGGUUUUUCCAAUCAAACUGUGUCAGCGUAUUUUAUGCAUGAAAAUAAGAAAUUAAUGUUUUAUAAAUAUAGGUCCAUUUACAGUUUUAUUCAAGAGUUACAAUUUAAAUGAUUCGCAAUUAUUUGGCAACACGAUAAUCAUAUUUAAAUUUCUAGUUGAUUAUGUUUUAUUAUUAUUUAAUCAAUUAAGCAAAUUCCAAUCUAUAUUGGGUUCUCUUUAAGUUUGUGAAAUAUCACUGAUCAAAAUGCCAAUUUAACACGCUGACGCGGUUUGGUUGGAAAUCUUUUAGACAUUCUGUAUAUACAUAGAAUAUAUGUAUAUAUUAACAAAAAUAUUUUCUAAUUUAAUUAUGUUUACCAUUUAUUAUUAUAAAGCAAAAAGAUCUUGUUCAAUAAACAAAUUACAUAAAAAUUACACGACAGAUUUUAACAAAGAAUUACACAUCAUAUUUUUUUCCUUCGUUAAGGAAUUACAUUAAGAAGAGAGAAAUAUGUUCGAUCUCUCUCUCUAGCAUGUGUAAAAAUAAUCAAUCGUUUGAAGCGCUAAUUAAUAAUAUAAAAAUUGCAUCUUUUACUACAUCGUCUCAUUAAAUUCUAAUUUUUUGUUUUCUUUUCUAUUCGGAAUUAUUCGGAGAGGUGGAAAAAAUGCUGCACAUAUAGGAUAUAAAAAAUAAAAUUCAAUAAACACGAAGAUAGAGGAAAUCUAUAUCGUAUUU